CCCUGUAUAACUCUGCAGUGACUGGCGUUACCUGUUGUGGGUCUUCGAUCGAGUGCAGGAAAGAACCGUACGGUGGAUCCACCUAGCUGUUCAUUUACAGUUACUGGUUAUUUGGAAAAAAAUAUAUAUAUUUAUCCGGAAAACGUGCAUCACAGCGUGAUGCAGCGAUGCACCCUACUGAACACUGCGUACCGCAGAUUUAAGUGAAGCUUACAAUAGCUUGCAGCGUGGCCAGAUGAGGGGGUCGCCGGCCGAGCCUGAGAUAGAGGCGUCGCUAGGACCCGCCCCGCAUUGGAAUGUCAAGAAAUCCCAGGCACUGAGUACACUAGCCUGUUGUUGCAACUAGUGGAAUGCGUGGGCAGAAUGAAUAGGUAAGAGAGAGAGAGAGAGAAAAAAAAGAAAAGAAAAAUCGGCAGCGCAGAACAAAGGUGGAAGGGCGCGUUGGCUGGUCGGCGGCGGGACUUCGCGGUCUUUUCCUGCGAGGCGUCAAGGCGUGCAGUUGUCCUCACUCACUCACGAAGCAGCACUCCACCGUUCACCAUGUCCAACCCACGGGUGUUCUUCGACAUCACUGCCGACAACAAGCCUCUCGGCAGGAUUGUCAUGGAGCUGCGCGCUGAUGUUGUGCCCAAGACUGCAGAGAACUUCCGUUCCCUAUGCACUGGGGAAAAGGGCUUCGGGUACAAGGGCUGCACAUUCCACCGUGUUAUUCCCAACUUCAUGUGUCAGGGUGGUGAUUUCACUGCUGGCAAUGGUACAGGUGGGAAGUCCAUUUAUGGUGCAAAGUUUGCUGAUGAGAACUUCAACCUUCGUCAUACUGGCCCUGGCAUUUUGUCCAUGGCCAAUGCUGGGCCUAAUACUAAUGGUUCUCAGUUCUUCCUCUGCACUGUCAAGACUGCUUGGCUGGAUGGCAAGCACGUUGUCUUCGGCAGUGUUGUGGAAGGCAUGGAUGUGGUCCGUCAAGUUGAAGGCUAUGGCACACCAAAUGGUAGUACCAAUGGCAAGAUUGUUAUUGCCAACUGUGGCCAGUUGUAACAUUCCUAUGAAGCACUUAAAAGCAACUGUAGAAGUCAACACUGCAGUGUUAGUAGGAACAAUGUAUGUUAACUUGAAUUAAGAAAAAUUCAUCUUGCUUUGAGAUUUGUUUUGCAUGGUUUCAUUGUAUUGAAUGUUGACGCCAGGCUGAUAUUCAGUGUUAGUCGUCUACUCCCUUUUCAUCAAUAAAUCAUGAAGAUUA